AUGCACGCGGGGGUCCUGGGCCUCUCCGCCCUGCUGCUGGCGGCCGAGCAGAGCGCGCGCCUCUACACCGUGGUUUACUACUUCACCACAGGCCGGCUCCUCUGGGGGUGGCUGGCCCUCUCUGUGCUACUGCCUGGCUUCUUGGUCCAGGGCCUGAGCUACCUUUGGUUCCGAGAAGAUGGACAUCAAGGUCACUGCUCGUUGGUGGUGCUGCACCUCCUCCACCUUGGCGUGUGGAAGCGGCACUGGGACGCCGUGGCCCCUGCUCUCCGGAAGGAAGGGGGGCCCUGCCCCUGGGGCCAGCUGCGGAUGCAGGAGGCCGACCUGUCGGCCCUGCGCCUCCUGGAAGCCCUGCUGCAGGUCGGGCCCCACCUGCUGCUUCAAACAUACGUCUUUCUCGCCUCGGACUUCACUGGUGUCGUGCCGGGGAUGAGCGCUCUGUGCUCCUGGUCCGUGCUGUCCUGGGCCCUGGUGUGCUACGCUCGGGCCAUGGGCUCCGUGAAGCCGGGUCACCUCUCCAUGCCGUGGACGGCCCUCGGCUGCCAGCUGCUCUGGAGGAUGGGCAUGGUGGGGGCCCGCGUCCUGAGCCUCGUUCUCUUCUUCCAAGUUCACCGCGUCUGGGUUCUGGCUGUUGCAGGGGCCCACUGGCUGGUGAUGACGUUCUGGCUCGCGGCUUGGCAGAGUGACAUCGUGGACAGCACCUGCCACUGGAGGCUGUUCAACCUGCUCAUGGGCGCCAUGUACAUCCUCUGCUACCUCAACUUCUGGGACGGCCCCUCCCGAAGCCGGAUGGCCACGUUCUACACGGUCAUGCUGCUCGAGAACAUCAUCCUCGUGUUGCUGGCCACGGAUUUUCUCCAGGGAGCGUCCUGGACCAGCCUGUGGACUGUAGCCGGAGUCUUGUCUGCAUUUCUGAUCGGCAGUGUCUCGCUGGUCAUUUAUUACAGCCUGCUACAUCCUAAAUCCACAGACAUCUGGCAGGGCUUUGUAAGGAAGUCCUGUGGCGUUGCAGAGGGUGACAAAGCAGAGGGAGACUCUCCUCCCUGGGCCUCGGGUCCAGCUGGGGAGGGGCCGGAGAGCCUGGGGACCUGCCAAGAGGAAAGUGAUGUGCUAACAAGCUUGGGGAAGCCCCCCAGCCCACAGUGGGGUCCCCCACAGGCUGGGAUGGAAAGCCAGAUGGCUGGGGAGGCCUCUUUCCUCAGCCAUCACCACUGGCUAUUGGUGAAGCUUGCCCUGAAAACGGGAAAUGUGUCAAAGAUCAACGCACUCUUUGGAGAAGACAAUCCUGGCUUCUUUUGUUCCCCUCCAUGGGGGCUGAGCCAGCACUGCAAGCAGGAGAGGCAGCCCCCAUCCUCCCAGCAAGAGCCCCCACCGUCACCCCACAGCCCCCUAACCUCAGAGGAAGGCUCUGAGCUUCGAGGUGUCCCCAGAGCAGAGGCUGACGAAACUUCAAGUUACGUCUCUUUUGCCAGCGAUGAUCAUGACAAAACUCCUGCCCAGAAACCGUCAGCUAUGCAGCAGGAGGGCAGCCCAAAGGAGGGAGACGGGGCUGCUUCUGGGGUGCAGGGGAGGGGCGCAGGUGGGUGGCUGGGUGGAGGGGAAGGACGGGAGAGCUCCACACUCUACUUCAGUGCCACCACUGAAGGGGCCAUGUCCUCACACCAAGAAGGUGGGAGGGCAACUCUGACGAUGUCCCUCUCUGGGAGGAGAUCGGGGGAGGGCAGCCCUGCCCGGCCUGCCUCACCUCUGCCGGCCACCAAGCCCUUUCCCGCCACCAUGGCCAACAUCAGCCCGAUCUUAGGCCCCGGCCCAGGUAGAAGCUUCCACCCUAGUGGCAGAGCCCUGGGUGGCUCAGGGCACGGGGAACAGCAGGAAUCCGCGAGGGACCGGAACCCUCCGGCCACCGCUGGCACACAGAUGUCAUGGCCGAAGGUGAGCCCAAGGCCCGCUGCUGCGCCCUGCCUCACGUCCACCCCCAAGUCUGAGUCCACCCCCACGGACGGCAGCUGGAGGGAAAGGCUGAAGACCGAGACCAGUUUCUUCAUCUGACCACAGUCACUGUGAGAUAAAGCAACAGGCCAGCGAAUCAAGCUGGCCAUUGGUGUCGGGAUAGGAGGCAUUCCACUUCUGACACCUACACCCUUGCGUACAUCACAUCCCCUCUGGACCUCUGUCCACACAGCUAGAGAAUGAGAGAACCGGAUGAGAUUAGAUAAGAUCCCCUGCAAACACCACAUGCCACACAUAGACGUAGGAGUCAUUCUCUAACACAGUGUAGAAGGUGGUAGAGAUAAGGCUUCCAAUCAAAAUGGACUGCUUCCAUUUACAAACUCUAUGAUCCUUUUUUGUCCCCCACUGUGGUUCCUAGGAAACU